CCACAUGAGCAGAUUCGCAUUCUUGGAGACAGCGUCGAGUAGGCGUUUUCGUACGGACUGGGCCAUAAAAGAUAAGAAGAGAUCGUUUCGAUUAACUAAAUUUCAUUCUCGCGUGUCCCGUUUUCGGGAAUCGUGCUAAGUUCCUAUCGACUCGGUGAAAUUUCGACUAGGCAAACUCGGACUUAGAGAAAUUCAGGAUGUCUUUGUUAAUGAUAGAGACCAUUGCGUUGAUCGCUACCGUAUUCGUUCUGCUUUAUUAUUACUCGAAGAUAAAGUUAAGCUACUGGAAGAAACGUGGCGUGAAUGGCCCGAAGCCUCUACUGUUUUUGGGUAACUUCAAGGAUGUGCUGCUGGGAAAGGAGUGCACCACCGACUGUUUCCAAAAGGCCUAUACCGAAUUCAAAGACGAACCGAUGGUCGGAGUCUACGGAGGUCACGAUCCGCUGUUGGUUUUGAGGGAUCUGGAUUUGAUCAAGGACGUGCUUAUUAAAGAUUUCAACAUGUUUGCUCAAAGAACCCACGGCUCAGUACGAGAGAUCGAACCAUUGUCUGAGCAAAUGUUCAGAUUGGAUGCAGAAAGAUGGAGGCCGCUGAGAGUCAAACUUUCGCCCUUUUUUUCGUCGGGAAAGCUAAAGGAGAUGUUCAGCCUGAUGUUAGACUGUGCCAAUACUUUCGACAAUUAUCUAGAGAAAUUAGCUGAGAAGGGCGAGCCAGUCGAAUUUCGUGACACUGCUGCAAAAUUCACCACUGAUAUGAUCGCUGCUUGCGCUUUCAGUCUCAACGCGAACGCGUUAACAGACGAGAACAGCCAGUUUCGUAAAAUGGGAAAGAGAGCUCUCGCUACGAAUAUUGAACAGUUCCUUACAGAUAGAUUGAGGGAGUAUCCAUUCCUAUUCAAAAUUUUCGGUCGUUUGUUCACUGAUCACGAAGUUGUCAAUUUCUUCGAAUCAUCUAUGAAGGAAGCGAUGGAUUACAGGAUUCAGAACAACAUUAACCUAAAGGACGUUAUCGAUAUUUUAGCAGAUUUAAGAGAACACCCGGAAAAACUCAACCUUAAAGAGGUGGACAAUUUGUUCUUGGCAGCUCAGGCCCAACUUUUCUUCAAUGCUGGCUUCGAAAAUUCCUCAUUGACCAUCAGCAACGCUUUGUACGAACUUGCAUGGAACCCGGAGAUUCAAGAGAAAACUCGAGAAGAAAUCCAAACUGUCUUGAAGAAAUACGAUGGAAAGAUUACAUAUGAUGGCUUAGGAGAAAUGAAAUAUCUGGCUUCGGUUAUGUUAGAAACUCUAAGAAAAUAUCCAGUACUACAAUGGCUCUCCAGAACGCCAAUGGAACCAUACACAUUCUCAGGAACGAAAGUUACUAUACCAAAAGGUCAGCAGGUCUUCAUACCUAUCUACUCGAUUCAAAGAGAUCCAGAAAUCUUUCCAAAUCCAGAAGCGUUCGAUCCUGACAGAUUCUCUGAGGAGAAUAUCAAGACAAGACAUCCAAUGUCUCACUUACCUUUCGGAGACGGUCCAAGACACUGUAGUGGUAUACGAUUGGCCAAGGUACAGUUGAAAGUGGCGAUGGUCACUAUCUUAUCGAAAUAUAAGGUGGAGGUAUGCGAGAAGACUCGUAAAGUAUACAAACCCGACAAAAGACCAUUAUUCCUUCUUCAACCUGCUGACGGAAUCUACCUGAAAAUGACAAAACUUGCAACAGCCUGAUAACGUUAUAAUAUUCUAAUAAUAAUAUUUUAAUCUUCAAUAAUCAAUAAAUAGCAGCAAUUACAUUCUCA